AUGGGUACUUCUCAAUUUUCAAAAAGGUUGAGACUUUUUGUUAAUCUUUUGCUACUGCUCCUUUUUCUGCAUACUUCUGAUAAUAAUGGCACUAAUAGUUCAGAUGAACAAAAGGUUGGGAUCAGAUUUGGGACUGAUUCUGUACAGUUACCCCAAGUGAAGAAGGAACAGAAAUUUGAAAUUUCGAAUGAGGUUAUUCAGAAAGAUCUUGAUAGGAGCAAUAUCAAAUCUACCGCAUUAAUAUCUAGCCAUCCAUGGAAGUUCAAGGGAGAAGGAAGAGAAGAUCCAGAGAUAUUCAAUAAAUUACCUCUCAAAUCUCUUGCUUGUUGCAAGUUAACAUGCAAGACUUGGAAUUCUUUAAUAUCGGAUUCUCAAUUCAUGCACGACACUUUUAAGCGUGUGUUAGGAGGUAAUAAUUAUCACCUAAUCUUCCUUGAAUCGAGAACCCUAAAGUUUUAUAUGCGCACCUUUACCUAUCAUCAUCUUAUAAACAAUAAUGAAGCAGUGAUUAGACAAACUCAUAAUCCUCCUUCAAAACUAAUUAGCCAAUCUAUACUCAUUGGAUCAUGCAAUGGUUUGGUAGCCUUACUAUAUGACUAUCGAAGAUAUAUUUUGUGGAACCCUUUGACGGGAAACUAUAGUACUAUGUUUGGGGAUCGGUCUCACUAUCUUGAAGAUCUUGAAGAUUUAAAAGUUGGACUUUGUUAUGAUGCAUAUUCCGAUGAAUACACCACGGUAGUAGCUUAUGAUCAAUUUGUUGAGGUCGUAAACUUUAAGGAUGGUACGUGUAGUUCAAAUUAUUCACCUAACCUUCUUGCCGAAGGAGUAGGGAAGAUGGUAUGUGGUGUCCCACAUUGGAUGAAUACGAAGACAUCAGAGAAGGGAAUUAUUUACUUCGAUUUGAAAGACAAGAAAUUUAAGGGAAUCGAAUGGCCAAAUCGCGCUAAUACCAAUGAAUUGUUCGGUUUGGCAGCUAUGGAUGGACAACGUCAACUUGGUAUAGUUCUUUGCCAUAUUCCUUCGUCAUCUUUGGAGAUUUGGGUGAUGGAAAAGUAUAUGGAUUUUGAAUCAUGGACUAAACUGCUUAUAAUUCCGUACCAGAAUAGUGUAGCAAGUAUAGGUUUAUCGGAUAUGGAUGUGUUGGGAUGCAUGCCAACUACAGAAAUUUUGAUUAAUACGAGAUUUGAAGUUUUGCACCGUAACUAA